AUGGGGCUCCUGUCGAUCAUUCGGAAGGUGAAGCGGAAGGAGAGGGAGAUGCGCAUCCUCAUGGUGGGGCUCGACAACGCAGGCAAGACGACGGUGGUGAAGAAGAUGAACGGCGAGGACACGUCGACGAUCAGCCCCACGCUGGGGUUCAACAUCAAGACGAUGCGGUACGGCGGGUACCAGCUCAACAUCUGGGACGUGGGCGGGCAGAAGACGCUCCGGUCGUACUGGCGGAACUACUUCGAGGCCACGGACGGCCUGGUGUGGGUGGUGGACUCGGCCGACACGCGCCGGAUGCAGGACUGCCGGGACGAGCUGCACGGGCUGCUGCAGGAGGAGCGGCUGGCGGGGGCGACGCUGCUGGUGCUGGCGAACAAGCAGGACAUGGCGGGCGCGCUGACGGCGGAGCAGAUCGAGCAGGCGCUGGGGUUGUCAGAGAUGCAGGGGCGGCACUGCACGGUGCUGCCGUGCAGCGCGGUGACGGGCAGCGGCCUCCUCGAGGGGUUCGACUGGAUCACGGGGGACAUCGGACAGCGAAUCUACCUCGUGGCGUGA